AUGGAAUACAGUUUACAAAGCUUCCUCAGUCAGCCUGAGAACGACACAUCUCCAACACUUACUCCAACUACUACGCUGGAACAGACUUCUCCAGAAUCUCCAACCAUAAUCGAUGGAUCAGCUGUGGUCUACGUCAGGAUGGUGUUCGAAAACUACACUUCUGUUCCCAGUUCUUUUGCAGAUAUAAAGAACUUGAAUAAUUCUGUAAACUUCUCUGAUUCUCUAACAGUGCUGAGCUCCAGCUAUAACAACAUUUCAAACACCUCCUUUGAAGUUAACAUUACAUUUGUCAUCAGUAACAUCAACAAUCCAGAGAACCCUGAGCUGAGGAACAAUGCCUAUGUCCAAGCAAAGACCAUCGUCAAUAACGCUGUAAACACACUUCUAACUGGAACUAAUGUAGUAACAUUUGCACCCAAUACCUCAAGCUUCAUGACCUCAGGAAGUCAAAUUAUUGGUUAUAUGGUAUAUAAUAUGAAUAACAUCCAGGAUAAAGGGACUGGAAACGAUACUGACACAUCUCCAACACUUACUCCAACUACUACGCUGGUACAGACUUCUCCAGGAUCUCCAACCACAAUCGAUGGAUCAGCUGUGGUCAACGUCAGGAUGGUGUUCCACAACUCCAUUUCUGUUCCUAGUGAGGAUGUCGUCCUGAGUGAUUUCAAAGCCAUGCUGAACUCCACACUCUCAAAAUUCCCCAACUCUGUAACAGUGCAGAACGUCACCUACGAACCGAUUUCAAACACCUCCUUCGCAGUUCUCGUUACAUUCAGCAUCAGUAGCAUCAGCAUGCGGAGGAUCCUGCCCUGA